ACAUCUGUGAACUAAACUAUGGUGUUUCCUUUGGUUCUUCUCAAGCUUGCAGAUUGGGUCUUGUACCAGUUCUUCGCCACUCGAUGCGACCUAGCAGCUAGGAAGAUUGGAAACUAUGGGUUCUUUUACAGAAACCCAUCUCUUAAAUCAUCACAGCAUGGUUCUCUAUUCCCAAGUGUGACCAAAUGUAGUUUGGAGGGUAGAGAUUCUCAGACCUUGGUUUGUGAUAUUGAUGGUACCUUAUUAAGGUCUGAAUCUUUCUUUCCUUAUUUCAUGUUGGUUGCCUUUGAGGGUGGUAGCAUUGUUAGAGCAUUCCUAUUGCUUCUCUCAUGUCCUCUUUUAUGGGUAGUGAACCAUGAGCUUAAGUUGAGGGUCAUGGUAUUCAUAACCUUCUGUGGACUUAGGAAGAAGGAUAUGAAGAGUGUUGGAAGAGCUGUUUUGCCCAAGUUUUUCCUUGAGAAUCUCAACCUUCAGGCCUAUGAGGUGUUGGCUUCUACUGGGAAGAGAGUUGUUUUUACUUCUGUCCCUAGAGUGAUGGUUGAGUGGUUUCUCAAGGACUAUUUGGAUGUAAGUGAUGCUGUGGCAACUGAACUGCAUAGUGUGGGGAACUAUUUCACUGGUUUCCCUUCAGACUCAGGGUUGCUAGUAAAGCACAAGGCUCUUAAGGAGUUAUUUGGAGAUAGAAAACCUGAUAUUGGCCUUGGAAGUUCAAGUCCCCAUGAUCACUUGUUCAUCUCUCUUUGUAAGGAGGGAUAUGUGGUGAAUAAGGAAGAUCACAACAAGAGAGGAAGUUCAGUGAUGCCACGAGAGAGACACCCCAAGCCUCUGGUGUUCCAUGAUGGGAGACUGGCUUUCUUACCCACCCCUUUUGCAACUCUUUCCAUGUUCCUGUGGCUCCCACUAGGGUUAACACUUGCUAUCUUCAGAUUGUGUUUGGGUAUCUUCCUACCUUACAAUAUAGCCCUCAUAUUGAGUAGUUGGAGUGGUGUCAACAUAAGGGCCAAAGGGUUCAUCCCAUCAAAAUCAUCUAAGAGAUCAAAAGGGGUACUCUAUGUUUGCACCCACCGAACUCUCUUGGACCCAGUGAUCCUCAGCACAGUAUUAGGGAAAUCUCUUACUGCAGUCACAUACAGCCUAAGCAAAGUUUCUGAAUUCCUAGCCCCCAUGAAGACAGUGAGUUUAACAAGAGAUAGGAAACAAGAUGGAGAAACAAUGCAGAGACUACUAAGUGAAGGAGAUCUAGUAGUUUGCCCCGAAGGGACCACAUGUAGAGAACCAUAUCUCUUGAGGUUCAGUUCUUUGUUUGCUGAGUUGGCUGAUGAGAUUGUUCCUGUGGCAAUUAAUGUACAUGUCAGCAUGUUUUAUGGGACAACAGCAAGUGGGUUCAAAUGCUUUGACCCCUUUUUCUUCUUGAUGAACCCAAGUCCUAGUUACCAUGUUCAGUUCCUCGGGAAGGUGCCCAGAGAGCUAACAUGUGCUGGGGGUAGGUCCAGCUUUGAGGUGGCCAACCAUGUACAGAGACAACUAGCAGAUGCUUUGGGGUUUGAAUGCACAACCCUAACGAGGAAAGACAAGUAUUUGAUGCUUGCAGGGAAUGAAGGAAUUGUCCAUGAAAAGAAAAAGAAGCCAUGAUAAGUUCUUGAAAACUAAGGGGGGAGGGAAGAUGUGGAAUAUAUGUUUCAAUUGACUGUAAUUUUUUGUUAGAUCUCAUAUGGAAUAAAAUUUGUAUCAUUGUCUGUUUG